AUGCAGCAAGAGCAAAUUCUCCUCUUUGGAAAUACAACUCAGGUGUUCCAAAAUGGGGUUGCUUCAAUUCAUCAACAAAAUAACAUCUUGGCCCGUCUCAUGGAAAAUUGCAGUCUGAAUCAAUGCAAUCAUCACCAGUGCACAAUGGUUAUGGAAGAAUCGAAUCGAAUUUUUUACCGUAUGGAACUCGAUCAUGACGAAAAUAAGCGAAAAGUCGUCCCGUUGCCUGAGGAAUAUCUUCGAAUUAUGGCAAGAGCUCAAGCAAUGGCAGAAAAUCGCGAUGAGAAUCUGGCCAACGGUGAAGGAAACAGCUCAGAACACAAAAGAGCAGAGAAAGAAGCCGUUGCGAAUGGAAAUGAAGGUUCAGUUGCUGAAGGCGUUGAAGCAGAAGAGCGUGGUGGAGUAUCUGGAAUGGGUUUGGAGAAUGAUGACAAAAACGAUUUGAAUUAG